AUGGCAGAACAGGCUGUUGUUGUUGCUCCCCCGCCUCCCCCUCCCCCGCCGCUAUCAUACAGGGAGAGGUUGGCCCAGUUUAGGAUUUUGGAGGAGAGGAGACAUGAGUUGAUUGAGGAAUUACUUGACAAGCUCGAGAAAACCGAAGCAAAGCUCAUACAAACUGAGUUGGACCUUCAGUCUGAGCAAAAUGUCCGUCGCACGCUGCAAGCUGAGGUCGUGGAAGCGAACGAGCGAAAUAAUGCCUUGGCCCGACGACCUUUCGUCCUCGUCCUCAUAGACGCCGAUGCCGAAGGUUUCCUCUUCCAAGACAAAUAUAUAACGCGUCGGAUGCAAGGGGGAGAAGCUUUGGCUGAUGAACUCCUCAUCCGAUUACGGGAAUAUCUUCGGCCUCUGUACGAAGAUGCUGAUACCCUGGAUAUUGUCGUUCGAGUGUAUGCAAAUCUGGAGGGAAUGGCAAAUUAUCUCGUAAGAGAGGGGAAGGUGAGGAAUUUGGGACAGCUGAGGGCUUGUUCGACGGGGUUUUGUGGGAGGAUAAGUAGUUUUGAUUGGGUGGAUGUUGGGAUUGGGAAGGAGGGCGGUUCGGGUAGGAAGGUUAGAGAAAACCUCUCGUUCUACGCUUCCAACACCCACCUCCGCCACAUAAUCCUCGCCUGCUCUCCCGCGGACCUUCCUUCGGCCCUCCUCUCCACCCUCCCCCUCUCUAAAACAACCCUCAUCGAAUCCCUUCCACUUCCAAGCGCCAUCACCGGCCUCCCCCUUAAAACCACAAAAUUCCUCACCCUCUUCACGCCCCCACCGCCCCCGAAGUCACCUAAAACGAGGGGAAGAAAUACACCACAGCUCCAGCUCAGUCAACAAGAAGAUCCGGAUGGCGGGGCGACUUGGCUCGUUAUUCGACCCGAGAGGAGUAAAUCCCAAGGUGCGGCGUUAAGGCGGAGAGGUGGGGGUGGGCGAGAUGCAGGGAGUGAGGAUGAGGAUAGUAGUUUGAGCAUUAGUAUUGGGCCGGAUAACACGGUUAGUGUUGAUAAUGGGAGGAGGCGGCGGAUUAUGCAUUAA